AUGCUUGCAAAAGCGCGGCCGCGCGCCGCCAUCGUCACAGGUGGCACGCGCGGGGUCGGGAGGGGCAUUUGUGAGGCGCUCGCAGCAAGCGGCUUCGAUCUGCUCAUGACGUACAACACGGACGCGACUUUGGCGGAGAAGGCUGCUGCGGAGCUUCGCUCGGAGUACGGAUGCUCGGCGGAGCACAUCGGCGGAGAUAUUUCGCUCGAGUCCACGCGCGACGCCAUCUUUGCCCACUACGACAAGACGUUCGCAGGGUCUCACGCGCUCGGUGCCGUCGUGCACAACGCUGGCCAGUACGUCGGUGUCACAGCUUCCAAAUGCGAGUAUCGCGGUCCGAUUCCGUUGGGAUCCUUUACCUCGCCCGGCAUCAGCGCGACACCAUACUCGGACAACUUGCGCUACUUUUCAGUCAUCAUCCAGGGGCCGGCCGGGUCGCCGUACGAGGGAGGCAUCUUCAGGUGGGGCCACGCAGUUCGCUUCCUGACGAAGAUGUACCACCCAAACAUCGACAAGAUCGGCCGCAUCUGCCUGGACAUCCUCAAAGGCAAGUG